GUUUAAUCAAACAAAUCAAAGCUAAACUCUGGUUGUGGGUUUGCCAGGGAGUCUGAUAGGGAAUAAAGGCUUCUAUUCUGCAACAAGAAUCUUUUGCUUUUUCUUUUCCAUGGCCUUCUCUUUAGACCUUCAAAAGAAGAAGCACAUGAAAUAACUGGCAAAAUAAUAAGUUUGUUGGGGUUUUUUUUUUUUCCUUAUUCUUGAGAGAAAAAAGAUGAAAGUAGUGGUCCAUAUCUGGUAUUUCCAGGUCACUUCGGUGUGAUUUAUGACUGCUACAAGUUUCUUUGAACCCGUGUCACUAAAUUGUCCUUGCCUGUGAAAAGAGACUAAUAUUUGUCAGCAGGAUUUGGACUCUCCUGGUUGACAUGUUUCUCAGUGUAUGGCUGUUGAGGUUUCUGGAUUUUGCGGAAGCUAUUUGGUUUGGUUUUUCAUCUUCCUAUUUGCUUUGAGGAUCGGAAAUCGGUCUUUGAUUGAGUUUUGACUAUGGUGAAAAUGUGAAAUGCAAGGAAACAUGCAAAAUCUGAACUGGCUUUUAAGGCAUUUUUGAAGAUUUUGUCUUCUAUGUGGAGGGUUCCUUUGGAGUUAGAGAAGAAGCAUCGGUGGGUAUGUCUUCAUUUGUAAGUCAUAAUCAUCUAUUAGCAAGUUUUAAUUGACUUUUUGCUACAGAAAUUAAGCACAAACUUGUGGUUUGGGUUUGCUGUCGUAUUCUUUUUUGAUUUUGAGAGGAAAAGAUAAGCAGUAUUUCAAGAUCACUUGGUGGUUUUAUUCGAUUAUGAGGUCCAAAGUGAAGCUGGUUUCCCUGGAGGAAUCUUGCAGAUAAUGCUCUUUUUCUAGUCCUCCAGAGCUCUGGAUAUCUUCUAUGCUUUGUUGUACUGGUUCUGUAUAUACAAUCAAUGGCAAAGACAUUCGAGCAUUCUGCAAUCUUAGUUUUCAUCAUCAUUUUGCUUUUAGUCGAACAUUCAGAGCAGCUACAAACCUCCCAGGGUCAGACCCUUCUAAGAAUUCAGCGGCUUCUUAACUAUCCAUAUAUUCUUAACGGUUGGAAUAGCACCACAGAUUUCUGCAAUACCGACCCAAAUUCAUCUGUUACUGUGGUUUGCUAUGGGGACAGCAUAACACAACUGCAUAUCAUUGGCAACAAAGGAUCCUCUAUGUUGCCUAGGAACUUUUCAAUUGAUUCAUUUGUGACUACACUUGUUAGCCUUCCAGACUUAAAAGUCCUGACACUGGCUUCCUUAGGUUUAUGGGGUCCACUGCCUGGUAAAAUUGCUCGGUUGUCAUCAUUGGAAAUACUGAACAUGAGUUCCAAUUUCCUAUAUGAUCCCAUUCCUGAAGAUCUUUCAUCACUAACUAGCCUCCAGACGCUCAUACUUGAUGAUAACAUGUUUUCUGGCGAGUUACCACAUUGGCUGGGUUUACUACCACUCUUGGCUGUUUUGAGUUUGAGGAAAAAUAUGUUCAAUGGGUCAUUGCCAAGUUCAUUUAGUGAUUUGGAAAAUCUUAGAGUUCUUGCACUUUCACAUAACUACUUCUAUGGAGAGGUGCCAGAUUUUAGCAGUUUGACAAAUCUUCAAGUGCUUGACUUGGAAGAUAAUGCUUUUGGACCCCAGUUUCCUCAGCUUGGAAACAAGUUAGUUACUCUUGUCCUGAGCAAGAACAAAUUCAGGGAUGGCCUCCCAGCUGAAGUGAGCUCAUAUUAUCAACUUCAACGUCUAGACCUCUCACACAAUAAAUUUGUGGGGCCAUUUCCACAAUAUUUGUUAUCUUUGCCUUCCAUAACUUAUCUAAAUGUUGCAGAUAAUAAGUUCACAGGAGUGCUUUUUGAAAAUCAAUCUUGCAGUGCUGACCUUGAAUUUGUGGAUGUGUCCUCAAAUCUUAUAAGUGGACACUUGCCUGAGUGCCUUCACUCAGAUUCUAAGGAAAAGAUCAUGUAUGCCGGGAACUGUCUAGCAACAAGGGAUCAAAGUCAACAUCCACUUUCCUUUUGUCGGAAUGAAGCAUUAGCCGUAGGAAUUUUGCCUCAGCACGAGAAAAGGAGACGAGAUUCUAAAAUUAUUGCAUUGGGUGCAAUUGGAGGGAUUGUUGGAGGAAUUGCAAUUGUUGUUUUGAUUUUCUUGGCUGUUAAAAAGUCCAAUGCCAGGAAGACAAUCAAGAGACCUACAACAAGACUAAUUUCAGAGAAUGCAUCAACUGGGUACCCUUCAAAGUUACUCUCAGAUGCAAGGUAUAUAUCUCAAACAAUGAAGUUGGGAGCACUUGGCAUUCCAGCUUACCGUUCCUUUUCUUUGGAGGAGCUUGAGGAGGCUACAAACAACUUCGACACAGCUACUUUCAUGGGUGAAGGCUCUCAAGGGCAGAUGUAUAAGGGCCGGCUUAAGAAUGGUUCCUAUGUUGCCAUUAGAUGCCUAAAAAUGAAAAGGAGUUACAGCACCCAAAACUUUAUGCACCAUAUAGAGCUGAUUUCAAAACUGAGGCAUCGAAAUUUGGUCAGUGCUCUCGGACACUGCUUUGAAUGUUACUUGGAUGAUUCAAGUGUCAGCAGAAUAUUUCUUGUAUUUGAAUAUGUGCCAAAUGGCACACUAAGGAGUUGGAUCUCAGAGAGACAUGCCAGACAAACACUUAAUUGGGCACAACGAAUAGCAGCUGCAAUAGGUGUAGCAAAAGGCAUCCAGUUUUUGCAUACAGGGAUAGUGCCAGGAAUACAUUCAAAUAAUCUGAAAAUAACAGAUGUUUUGCUGGAUCAGAACCUUGUUGCAAAAAUUAGUAGUUAUAACCUGCCCUUAUUAGCAGAGAACGCAGGAAAGGUUGUCCAUGGAGUUUCUUCUGGUGGAUCCAAAGAUCCUAGCUCCAGUUCAAGGACAAAUCAAGAAGAGAAGAUUGAUGUGUAUGACUUUGGAGUAAUGUUACUUGAAAUCAUUGCGGGAAGACCCCUGAACCACACGAAUGAAGUGGAUGUUUUAAAAGAUCAGUUACAAGUUGGCAUCACUAGCGACGAUGCUGCUAGAAGGAGCAUGGUUGAUCCAGCUGUUCAGAGGGGGUGUCCGGAUCAGUCAUUGAAGACAAUGAUGGAGGUCUGUGUAAGGUGCCUGCUUAAGAACCCAGCAGAUAGACCUUCAGUGGAGGAUGUGAUGUGGAACUUGCAGUUUGCAGCUCAAGUUCAGGAUGGAUGGCGGGGAGAUUCUAGCGAAGGCUCUCCAGUCUCACCUUCAAAUCCUCCACGACUACACCUUACGGUUCCUUAGCAGCACUGUUCAGGAAAUGACAGUUACCAGAAGAAAAGAAGUUAGAAUUUUGAAAAAUACCACUUAUACAGAGCUUUUCUUGCCAGUCUAUUCAUCCUUGGCAUGGGUAGAGUCACUCUGCCAUUAUCUAGUUGCUUAUCUCUUUACUUUGUGAUUAUCAAGGUAGUAAUUUUCUCUCAACGGCGAGUUUACCGUUCAGGAUUUAUGUAUACCAGUUUUCGAAGAAAGAAAAAAUGGCAAUCUGCCCGCAAAAAUGGCAGCUUUGAAUGAUGAUAAAUGGGUUGCAAAUCAUGUAUUUACAUGAUCUCUUCCUAAAUACUGUAAUAUGUUCUGCAUUUUAAAUUACAUUACACCCACUAGCGCACAUUACCCAUCA